CUGAUAAACGCAAAAACAAAGUUCGUCAGCUUAGAUUUCAAGGCUGAGAUACGUUUAGUCUUGUUUUAUAAAGUCAAUCAAGUAUAGUAAAAAAAUAGACACAAAAUUCAACAUGUUUUGAUUUGCUGUGAUGACAUUGUUUCACUGCCUCAGCAGUUGUGAAGAAGCUGUUGGACUGGCUUGUGAAGCUUCUCACGCCGCUGGAUCUUAAAGCCCGUCCGGUUUUUCAUGGUAAUGCUUCGUCAAGGGAAGAGAGGACUGGAAAUCUCUUCGGGUUACAAGUGGAUUCGAUACUUCAAAUAAGACUUUACCAAACACCGAACAAACAAACAAACGAGGCGCUGGUAGAUUUUAAAGUCGUACAAGGGGAAACUAUGGCCGAGACGAACCGCACCGAGGUGUAUGUUUACGAACGGGUUGUUAUCCUGUCGUCAUGUGUACUUUCGUUUUUUGGGUCACUUUUAAUCAUAUGCACAUUUGCGAGAUGGCCCGAUCUGAGAACCACACCGAGAAAACUGCUCGUGUAUCUGUCUGUCACUGACCUUCUGUCUGCACUCUCUUACUUUUAUGGAGUUUUGAGGAGUUUUGACUCUGAUUCUGGGGAUUGUAUUGCGCAAGGAGCAAUUUCCACAUUCGCCAACACCAGCUCAUUCUUCUGGACUGUGGCUAUUGCCAUCUACCUAUACGUUUUUAUUGUAAAGUCCAGCCAGAGACAGGCCAACAACUUGGUGCUGUAUUUUCAUCUUAUCAGCUGGGGCGUUCCUUUCGCCAUCACUGUGGCAGCCCUGUCCCUGCACAAGAUCGGCUAUGAUGCCUCUGAAGUGUCUGUUGGCUGGUGCUGGGUGAACAUCCAGGCCGAAGACCAUGUGCUGUGGAUGCUGCUCACUGCAAAGAUCUGGGAAUUCAUUGCCUAUGUCACACUGCCAGUCCUGUACAUGCUUGUAAAGAUACACAUUCACAGAGCACAUGCAGCCCUGUCUGAGUACCGUCCCAUCCUGACCAGCAGCCCUGUCUCUCAUUCGCCAUCUUCCAUGGCAGACAGGAAGCUCACCAUCAUCCCCAUCAUCUUCAUCAUGCUCCGCAUGUGGAGCACCAUCCGCUUCCUGCUCCUGCUGACCGACUCCCCUGCAGGACACAACCCAGUGCUGGUCACCUUGCAUGGAAUUGGAAACACCUUUCAAGGAGCUGCAAACUGCAUCAUGUUUGUGCUGUUGACUCCCUCAAUUCGAUCACGACUGGUGGCUCAGCUGUGCUGCAGAGGUCAGGACAAACACUGGCGUUCAGAAUCAGUGUCCCAGAACAGGGCAAGUGCACAUACGCCUUCUCACAGGGAGGAAAACACCAGCCCCCAAACCUGGGAGAACAAUGAGGGAGUCACAUGCACCUAACAAGGACACAAGCCGCAACAUGCACAUUUAUUGUUAUUUCACACAAUGCCUUAAAAAUACCUUUGGAAACAAUUGGGAAGAAGUGGCUUUUAGUCUUUGUAUACGUAGUUAUGAAUUUGUAUUAUAGUUAUAUUUUAUCAACAUAUCAAUUGAUUUCAAUAAAGCGAUUCAUUACCUGUCA